GCCGAACCGAGCAGUGUGCUCCGCCGCAGUUGUGGUGUCGUCCGGGUUUUACUCCGCUCUAGUUUGGCGUGCGACUUUUCAAUAUUUUUAUAUUAUAUCGCGCGUUACGAAAUUAUUAACGUCGAAUUAUUACAUCGUCAAUAAAUAUCCUAACUUUUUUUGUUUUUAUAAACAUUUAAAAAACCUACACUAUUUUUUAAAUAUUAUUACAUAUCAGCUGUUGAGCUUUAGGUAUAUACAUUUACUUGAACUACAGCCUGCUCCUGGUAGUCGGUCAAGUGCGUCGGCGAUGGCGACGCUACUGAAGAACGUCACCAAUUGCAUAUGGCAAGCGUUCAACUCGCUGGACACGGACGACACAGGAACAGUGGUCAAGUCCAAGCUCAAAGUUUUAACAGCAAAUAUCGGUAUUCUCCUUGACCUUUAUAGCGUAGAAAAAGGCCUUGAACACUACAGAAGUACAACAACGUUAAACUUUCAACAUUACAAAUAUUAUUUAUUGAGAGAAGUUUUUCUAUCGCUUCCAAACAUACUAUCUUUACCAGUACUUCAGGGAUUUGAGUCAAAUAUAGAUGAGACAUGUUGGAUAAUUUGUAAAAAAGAUUUUAUUUCUAAAUGCCAAGUAUUACCAGAGGAUUGUAUGUAUAAAUUAUUCAGGGUAUUUUGUUUUUUGUCGGAGCUUAUAGUAGAUCCAGAUAGACCAAAUCGAUUCCAAGUUAUUAUGGAUACAUCAGAAGUGGGUUUGGUGGCUUCACAAAUUGUUACUUCAUUAGGUGCUGACUGGGACCAAUCGGGUUUUGAAGAGCUCAUUGGAAAUGCUAAUGGAUUUCAGUUUGGCACGUUUUUAACAUUACUAGAGAAGCGAUAUUUAGCUGACGUGGAUCGUGCAGGCUUGGUAGAAGCAUUAAAUGCUGUUACAAAUACGUUCAUCGAUGAUAUCAUAAAAAAAGGAGUGUUGUUGAAACGUGGUUAUUUAUUGCCAACACUACGAGAGUAUUGGUUUGUAUUAAAACCAUGUCAACUAUUAUACUAUAAGAAUGAAGAAGAAAAAGAGCAGUGUGGAUCUAUAACCUUAGACCCGAGAUGUUGGGUAGAUUCUAAUUUACAACGUAUAAUGUUGCACACAACUGAAAGGACUUUUGAAUUAGCCACUAAGGAUCAUAGGAGUCGAUUACAGUGGCUAUCUGCUUUAAAAUUAGCAAUAUCUUAUUCAGCGGGGACAGAAGGUUAUCAGAGAACAUUGUUGCGUCGUAGGCAAAAACGAAGAAAAGCUGAACUUCAAGAGAAACAUAGAAGAAGCAGCAUAAUACAUGACAUGGAUGUUCAGUUACAAGCUGAGAAACAAGCCAGGGCAGCUAUGGAAAUCCACGCAAAAGAGCUUAAAGUGGCUAGUGAAAAACACGUUGAAGAAUUGGAAUGUCUACUUGAGGAAGAAACACAGGCAAAACGUGAUGAAGAAAUAGUUCGUAACUUACAAGCUAGAGUAUUAAGAGAAGAAUGGGAAAAAAGAGAAGAGUUAGAAAGGUUACAAGAAGAACAUAUAUUGCUGUUGGAGCAAGAAAGAGAAAAACGAAAAGAAUUUGAGAUCAAACAACGAGAGAAAGAAAACCAAUUGCUAGAAGCCCAACAGAGGUUAAUUGAAUUAGAAGCUGAAAAACAGCGACUUGACGACGAAUUGACAAGAGCUCAAAAAAAAAUUAGUGUUUCCGAAAAAGCUGUAGCAUCAAUUACAAUCGUAGAGCCCGCUGAAACAUUGAACAUAAAACCACAAGUUAAAGUGAGGAGGACUAUGUCAUUUAUACCAUCCACAAAAGAACGACCAAUUCAUUUUUAUAAAUGAAAAGACUAACUAUUUAUUUUUUUGUAUUCAAUCAUUUAUUUAUAAUUAUUAUGUAUUAUAAUUAUUUUUUAUUAUUAUAUUUGUCUUGUAUACUAAAAUGUAAGGAAUUUAGAAUUAAAUUAUAAAACAAGUUAUACAACGAGUUACAAAAUUUUAUUUAUUUAAUAAACAUGAGAUAAAGGAAAAG